CAUGGGAUGGUUUCCAUCUAAGCCUUUCAGCUACUUAACAAAAGAUGGUCGAGUUUUUGGCAACUUUUUAAAUUUAAUACAUAAAUCUUUGAAAGAUUGCUGUAAUAAUAUUCUUGAAAAGGCUUAUUAUAACAAAUAUAAUAAUUUAGAGGAGAUGAGAACUCUGCAGGAAAAUGAAGAAUUGUUAUUUCCAUACUCUCAUAAGACAGACUUUUUCGGAGUUGAACCAGAAUUAAAGGAUCGAAAAUUUGUUCCUAUCCUUCAAUCAACAGAAGCUUUUAUUUUAUCUAAUCAGCCAGACUACCCUGGUUUGGCUGAAAUUAAUCAAAUUAUUGGCUAUUGGCAGCAUCUACUCGUCAUGUUGGUUGGAAGUGCCUAUGUUGGUCUUAUUAUUUGGCUAAUUGAAAAAUGGAAAAAUAAGGAUCAUUUUUCUAAUAAACCUUACAAAGGGAUAGUUGAAGGAUUUUAUUGGGCUUGUGUAACAAUGACAACAGUUGGGUACGGUGAUAAAUAUCCAAAAGCUAUCUUUGGUAAAAUUAUCACAGUAUGCUGGGCAGUUUAUAGUUUGGCAAUAGUUUCUUUAUUCACUGCAAGUAUAGCAUCGGGUCUAACUGCAAAGGAAAUAAACAGACUGAGUUUAAAAGAGAAAGACAUUGGUGUUAUCAAUGGUUCCCUUGAAAUUCAACUAAUCACCGAUGAUUCUGGAAAUCCUAUAUAUUUUCAGACUUUGAAAGGAGUGAUGGAGAGUCUAGUGGCAGGACAUAUACAUUUUGCAUUAGUUGACCAAUACAGCGCUGCUGAAAUUGUUAAUUUGGUUAAUACUAGUAAUUUGAAUACCAUAACAAUUUUGGGGUCACUUGUCCAACGUACAACCCACGGUAUUCUUGUUCAUGAUGUUGACGACGAUUGUAUUAUAGAUGGUUUGAUUAAACAUCGGUAUACAUACGAAAAGAAAAUUAAAGAUCAUACCAGGAAAAAUUUGGAUAAAUUUCACAAAUACAAAGCAUUAAGAGCUAGUAAUUUUCCUUGGGAAAUUUUAGUCAUACUCUUAGCUGGAUGGGUUGGAUUAUACAUUUUGUUCAGUUUAGUGCAUAUAUUUAUGAGACUUACCAGAAGAAAAGGUAGUUCACUACUUCCGUAUCCUGGCUACGCUAGAGUACUUGUCAUACUUGGGCUAAGUUUGGAAAUCUGUGUUGCUUUCUAUCCAUUUUUUGCCUGCUUAUACACUGAACAAAAACUUGUGGGCGGUCUAUUGGGUUUUAUUUACUCUGGAUGUUGGCUUGCUGUAAAACUAUUGGUUAUGAGUCGAUGCUGGGAUCCGAUUCCCGAAAUAAUCAAAUAUUCUACAGUAAAAAGAGCUGUUGAGAAGAGAUCAAAUAAAAUCUGCUGGAGACAUCAAUUUAGUUAUGUUUAUGAAAUGUUACAUCCAAAGGAAAGGGAGGAGAAUAAAACAUGGAAGUGGGUAAUAAAGAGAAUGAUAGGGUAUUCUCCCAAUUUUAAAUAUUCUACAAGAGUACUAUCGGCUUUGGUUGCCUCAAUCUCGUGCACUUAUCAAUUGGCAGCAUUCAGUUUUCAUUUAACAGCUGUUAUUAUUCGAUCACUAUGGAAAUCAGGCCAGGAAUUAAUAACAGAAAGAAAUUUAACUAGCAACUCAACAGAGAGGAGAAGGAUAAUAAUAACUUACCAUUUAAUAAGAGUUUCAUUUGCGGUUACGAAUUGUCUUGUUAUACUAGUUUUUGUUUAUAGUAUUUUCGAUAUAGCUAUCAGCUAUAAAAAAAGUUUGUCAAAUUUUGCGUCCGGCAGAUGGCGUGCCUCUUUAAAGGGCAGUUUAGAAAAUAGUGGAUCUUUAACAGCUAGUUGUCUAAGAUAUUGUGGAUAUCAGAUUGCCUUUACAAUUUGGGGAUUUUUUAUCAUUAAUUCCGUCUCAUGGAGUAUUUGUCUACUGAUUAGCUUCGUAAUAAUAUUACCAAUAACAGAUGGUAAUUGGGCUAUUAUAAGAUUUAUUGCACAAUAUAUAAUUUUACCAUCGGUGACGGGUCUGGGACUAAAAAUAUUCCAACAAGUUAUUUCUAGGAAAUUCAUAUUGCAAGAGAAAUUAAAGGAAGAGGAUGAAGAUCAACCACUAUCACUUUUAAGACGAUCUCUCUUUCAUAUGAUGAGCUAUGUCUUCUUUCUGGCCAAUGUCAACGUGGGUCUGGCUUCCGCCUUAAUGAGGGUAUUAAAAGGAUCAGUAAUAGGAUUAUUUUGGCUGGGUCGAAUAGAUCGAGCAAUUUUAAUGAGAGAUUUUGAGAAAUUUGAUGGAGGUUAUCAAGCUUACUUAGGCAUGGUAAUACUAGAGCACAACCAUAAUAAUCCUAUUCUUAGGUGCUUCUGUCAAAUUUUACGUGACGAUCAACAAUCAGGGUCAGAGUUCAAGGAUAAGGAGGAGAACCUGGAACAAAAUACGAUGACCUGUUGUCGUGCUAAUGAAGUGGCAGAUGGGGAAGAAAGAGAAAUGGAAGAAGUUCAACAACAACGGCCUAAUAAAAGAUGGAGAAAUCAAUGGAGAGUGGCUUAUAUGAUUCUUCGUAAUCCUAGCUUAGUAAAAUAUCGUCGGAAGCCUUUGGUCGAGAAAAAGGACGAAAAUGAUUUAUUAAGUGUUGCUAAGAAAAUAUAUGCAGAUUGGAAAGAGGAAAAACAAAUUAAAGCAGAUUUAAAAGAUGAAAAGAACAAUAAAGAAUAA